CGGCUUGCCAAUCUACUCUUCAUCCCCAGGUUAUAUAAACCCCCCAUCCCCACGACCACCAGAGGAUUCGGUUCUCUGCAUCCAUCCUCAUUCGUUACACCAGACCAGGUACGCAAGAAACACCACAUCAAUCCAAAUCAAAACACACUUGACUACACUACAUUUGAUUGCACUACACUCAAAUACACUACCCUCAAUUACACCACACCACACCACACCACAUCAACCGACCCACCAAGACCCAAAAUGCUCUCACCUCACACUCUCCUCCUCACCCUAAUCCUCCCGCUAAUCUUUUCCCUCGUCACCCCCAGCUCCGCCAUGUCCCUGAGCCGGUACACCGCGCCCGUGCCCGCCGCCGCAACGGUAGUCGAGACGCGCGAGCAGCUCAACGAAGUCGUGCGGAAGAACGCGCAUACCGUGCUGCACGACCAGGACGGCGGCUACAUGUUGAAAGACGAGAGCGGGGCGGUGGUGGCCGUGGCGGCGGAUUCUCUGUGUCCGGAGCUGGACCGCGCGUUUGCCGAGGUUGAGGCCAAGGAAGCGGAGAUGAAGCUGGCAGGGGAUUCGACCGAAAAGGCGGAGGAGGGGGAGGAGCAAGGUGAUGUCCAUCGGCGGGAUUUGGAGAAGGUGCAGGAUGCUGAUCGGCCGCUGCGGUGCUCGCAUCCUAGGUGCUUCAAUUCCGCGCUGUGCUUGAGUUAUACCGAUUGUCAUGUGUGUACGAGGUAUAAUCAUUGUAUCUGAUGAUGGGGGAAUUCU